AUGGCGAUUUUGCAAGAUCAGAAUGAAGAGUUAGAAGUGAAAAGAAAGAUGGCAAAACAAAAAGAAAAGGCACGAAGAAGUCGGCCGAAGAAACUCAAUAAGAUUCGGCAGGGGCUUCAGGGGGGUUUGCUGUUAAUUUGGGAUGAUGAUUUGUUUAAAGCCAAUAACUGUUAUAAAGGGGAGAGAUGGUUGUGCGUUGAAAGAGUGAUGAUGAAAAAUAAUUUUAAUUGUGCUGUUUGUCUGGUGUAUGGGGCACAUGAGAGGGAGGAGAAGCGGGUUGUAUGGGAGGAGUUGAGUUAUGUCGUGGGACUGUGUCAGUUGGUGGACUUGUCUCUGAAUGAUAGGAAGUUUACGUGGUUCAGGGGUCGUUCUUGCAGUCGGAUUGAUAGGGUCCUGGUUAAUAUAGAGUGGGUUGAGGAAUUUCCUGAUGUUCGCCUAAAAGGUGGACCUAGAGGGUUGUCUGACCACUAUGUUCAGUUCACUAGUAAGUUGAAGGCUUUGGCGGGGCUUCUACGACUAUGGCACAAGAACAACUUUGGGAACAUGGAGAAGAGACUGCAGACGCUUGAGGAGGAGAUUAAGAAACUGGAUAAUAUGGUUUGUGUUGGUGUCUAUGAUGUUAGAAGACGGAAUAACAGGAUUGAUGCUCUCAUGAUUCAUGGGCGGGUAGUGCGGAAUCAAACAAGAAUAAAGGUUGCAAUUAGAGGGUUUUAUAAGGGCCUGUAUCGGCAGGAAUUGGUUCCAAGGAUUGGCUUUCGGGAUGGGUUGGUGAGACAGAUUGAUGGAGCAGAGGCUGUGGCUUUGGAGGUGAUGCCGUCGGUGGAGGAAAUUCGGGGGGCAGUUUGGGACUGUGAAUCUUCUAAAGCCCCGGGUAGUGAUGGUUACAAUUUAAACUUCAUCAAACGAUGCUGGGAGGAUAUUGGCCAGGAGUUCACUACAGCAGUGAUGGAUUUCUUCCAAAGUGCUAAGUUACCAGCCGAUGUGAAUGUCACAUGGGUGACGCUAGCCCCGAAAUUUGUGGGGGCUAAGGAGACCAGGGACUUUCGGCCGAUUAGUAUGGUGGGGUGUGUGUAA